AUGGUUGCUAAAUCGUUUGAGAUUCACGAUUCAAUUGCGAACGACGGUGGUAGCGGUGUCGUUUCGCAGCAUUUGAUGGUUUCUGCGGAGAUUGAGAUGAGCCCUAAGAUAAAAAUAACGGUGGAAUACGGUGCAAAGAAAGCUGAUACUAAAGAUACACCAAUGUCGCAGCGGAGAUCAAGCUCUCGAAUCCAAGCUGCUAAGCUGAAAGAGGUCGAAGAGGUUAGGCUUCGACGGAAUGUAGAGGUUGUUGAAGAACGAAAGAAAUCUAGCGUGGUUGUAACGGCUAAGGGGAAGUCUAACAAACGCGUUAAGAAAAGUCACGGCGAAGAAGAGAGCUCGGUUAAAGAAGAGGCUGUUUCCGAAACACAGUCAAGGGGCCAUGAACAUGUUGCUUCGGUGAAAGAGAUGAAAAACAAGGAAGAGGCUGCUUCGGAGAAACGUCCAAAGAAGAAGUCUGCAAUGGAUGCGAAGCGUGAGCUGAUGGAGGUUUGGGAUGAAAAAAUGAAGGUGGAUUCGGAAAAUACAGUUGAUGCGUCUGCUGAAAAGAGUUAUGCAGCUAAGGUCAAAGAUACUAUUAGACUGUUUAAUAAACACUAUCUCCAUUUGGUUCAGGAGGAAGAGGAGAGGUGUGCAAAAGCAAGAGCUGAAGCUGAGAAGAAAAAGAAAUCUCCCAAGAAAUCUCCCAAGAAAUCUCCCAAGAAAUCUCCUAAGAAAUCUCCUAAGAAAUCUCCUGGGAAGAAAUCUGCUAAAAAUUCUAAAUCAUCUGCUGGGAAGAAAAAUGCCAAGAAAGAUACUUUGCCUAUAGAACCAAAGAAUGCCGCCAAGCGACCUGAUCUGAAGGCAUUAACCAAGAUGAUGCAAAAUAGUGAGAUACUGAACCCUGAAAAAAGAAUUGGCGAUAUUCCAGGUGUUGAGGUUGGAUAUCAGUUCUAUUCUCGUGCUGAAAUGGUUGCCAUUGGUUUUCAUAGCCACUGGUUAAAUGGCAUAGAUUAUAUGGGCCAAUCUUAUUCCAAAGUGUACAACAGCUACAAUUUCCCAAUUGCUGUGGCUAUUGUUAUUUCUGGAAUGUAUGAAGAUGACCUUGAUAAUGCCGAAGAUGUCAUUUACACUGGUCAAGGUGGCCACAACCUGACUGGCAAUAAGAGACAAAUGGGAGAUCAAAAAAUGGAGCGUGGUAAUUUAGCACUCAAGAACUGUUCAGAGCAAUGUGUGCCAGUAAGGGUGAUUCGAGGUCAUAACUCACGUGACAGUUAUACACGUAAAGUUUAUACAUAUGAUGGAUUGUACAAGGUUGUCAAUUAUUGGGCAGAGAAGGGAAUAUCUGGCUUCACAGUCUACAAGUAUCGGCUUAGGAGGGUUGAGGGUCAGCCUACAUUAACCACUAAUCAGGUUUAUUUCACAAGUGGACGUGUACCUCAGUCUGUUGCAGAAAUACGAGGGCUGGUAUGUGAGGAUAUCACUGGAGGUCAGGAAGCUAUUCCUAUUCCAGCUACAAAUUUGGUUGAUGACCCUCCUGUUCCACCCACAGGUUUCAAAUAUUUUAAGUCUCUGAAGGUUGCAACAAGUGUUACGCUUCCUGCCAAUGCCUCUGGGUGCAAAUGCAAAGGCAAUUGUACUGAUCAUACAACCUGUGAAUGUGCAAAGCGCAAUGGCUCUGAAUUUCCCUAUGUAUCUAGGGAUGGUGGCAGAUUAGUUGAAGCUAAAGAUGUUGUGUUUGAAUGCGGCCCCAAUUGUGGUUGUGAUCCUAGUUGUGUGAAUCGAAUUUCUCAAAAAGGACCUCGAUAUCGUUUGGAGGUUUUUCGCACAGCAAAAAAAGGAUGGGCGGUACGAUCCUGGGAUUUUAUUCCAUCUGGGGCACCCGUGUGUGAGUACACCGGAAUUCUCGGCAGGACUGAUGACGUAGACAGUUGUUUAGAAAACAACUAUAUAUUUGAGAUUGAUUGCCUCCAGACUAUUAAAGGUCUUGGAGGAAGGGAGAGGCGGUCGCAAAAUGUACCAUAUGCUGCCAAGCUUUUGGACAAAUAUGAUGACCAAAGUCCUGAUAGUGCACCAGAGUUUUGUAUUGACGCAGGAUCUACUGGAAAUAUUGCUAGGUUUAUAAACCAUUGUUGUGAGCCUAAUUUGUUUGUACAAUGUGUUUUGAGCACACACCAUGAUUUGCGUCUGGCUCGAGUAAUGCUGUUUGCUGCUGACAACAUACCCCCUUUGCAGGAACUGACAUAUGACUAUGGCUAUGCUCUUGAUAGCGUCUUGGACUCUGAUGGGAAGAUAAAGCAAAUGGCAUGUUAUUGUGGAGCUUCAGACUGCAGAAAGCGAUUAUUCUAA